AUGUAUCCGUGGGGUGAUGUUUCAGCAACCAUUACUACAUGGCUUUUACCAGUCGUUGGUACUCUCCUUCAAGCACCAUUUGAAAGCAAUGCGUUCAGACGGACUCUACUGGCCAUUACGCGAUGGGUCGGAUCGCCAAUCGCAUCCCUCAGCUAUGUUCUCUGGAACAUCAAAGUAUCGGCCAAGGGCGCAUUGAUGGUAGACAUGGCCGUACCAUACGAUCAGGUGCCCGACCGCAAGACCGACUUUGGUAGCGUGAGGGACUCGAUGUACCUCCUGCUAGCCAUGAAUCAGUACACGAUGAAGCCCACAGCGAUGCUCAGGGAGAAGGAAGCAGAAGGCUUGCUACGCAUAGUUCUAUUCAGCAAAGACUUGAAGUUGACCGACACCGACAAAACAUUGCGACAAAUGCGACGCAUCCUUGCUCGAGAAGUCCGUGAAAUGAGAAGACGUGGGGCUGUUCCGGUUUUCGUGUCCAUCAUGUGGUUUCUAUUCGCAUUUGCACUUUCCAUUCAAGCAGCGUUCGGAGUGGUCGGCGAGAACCGAACAGCUCACGACCUGGCAUUGGGCUGCAUGCUCGCAUGGUUCCCCAUCUUGAUCAUGGCGACGAUCGUAGAUCGCAACCCUAUUGCGGCAGAAGCUAUUCGAAAGAAACUCAACGCGCUGGUGGACCAUGUGCGACAUGCAUUGCGUGAUGAACGCCAUCGUCAAGAAUUUAUCGAUUCUUUCAGCGAUCAGCCAAAUUUCAAGCCAUUUGCGCAUCACAUCCACGACAUCGCAGCGAAAGCAGAGUACAUGGACAAUUUUUUCGUCGACUUUGCUGGCCAAGCUCGCGUACGGUGGCAUUAUGGAGCUGCGCAUCCUAUUCUUUCGGACAUUGAGAACUGCUACAUUGCAGAAAAGGGACGAAAUUGGCUUGCGAACGAGAGAGAAGCUCGCACUAACCUGGUAUUGGGACCUAUCAACGAUGAAGGGCUGGUCUGGUUCGACAUUCGCGAGUUUUGGCAGGUUGCCGCUUCAGUCGCGAUUGUUCUGGGCAGUUGUGGUGGCGCUUUCAUCCUGAGCUUCUUCACGCCCACUGUUGGCCUGGGAUGUCGUAGUGGCGGUUACACUAUAUUCUUCUGCAUAUCUCUGGGAUUGAUGAUUAUGGAGAUGAUCGUGUGGUUGAUUCUGUCCCCGUACGAAAUACAGGAGCUGCCUUGGCUAGCGAGAACCCAUUCACGGCUACAGAGCAAUGCCUUCGUACACCGGUUGGACGACAGAAGGCAUGAUCAAUGGGGCUACAUCAAAAGACGAACCUCCAGCAUCGUACGCACGACCGAGAACUAUCUUAUAAAGAUCAUCACAAGAUUAGUUCUGAUAUACCCCUUCAAGGAUAAGGAGGCCACCAGAGACUUGGUGGAGACACUCCUUGACGAGCGUGCCAAAGCCCUAAGAGACAUGAGUCCCCAGCGAAAAUGGGAAUGGUUUUUCUUUCGCCCAGUCGAAAGCUUUAACACCGUAUGGCUGGUGUACAUCGUUGUCGCUCAAACUUGGGGCUUCUACAAGACCUGCGACUGCGUCACCAGCACCUGGGGCGGUGCAGGCGGCUACCUCGACUUCGGCGUGCAAGACGUUGCAAGUAAAUGGGUGGAGCCGUACUGGCUCACAGGCACACUGCUCACCUCCACAGUCAUGGGCCUCUCUAUCUUCUAUAUUACAGUCGAGUGGUGCCAACAGUCUUUCCUAUCGACGGAAGACUACGAGGACGCGAGACAGGGCUUGCGCAUGACACGGAUCUACAGACACUGGACGUUCUUCUUUCGCCGCCUCUCCCGCCUUUUCUCGCGCUUUACGUUCAAUCCCAUGGAACGUGUUGCUGUAGCCAUCGGUCUGAUGAAAUAUCCGCAAAAGACGCUGCUCUGGACAAAGGUGCACACCCACGACCCUGACAUCCCGAUACCAGGUCCGUCGACACCACGACCGCACGGAAACCCGAGCAUAGAACUCUCGGACUUUUCGACGGUGAGAGACGACAGCCAGCACUCGCGCCACGCGUACGACACACCCGCUAUGGCGCACUCCCUGUUCCCGCCUGCAAUCCCGCAGCGCAGACCGCGACAAGACAGCGACUCCUCGGCCGCGCGGCCCUCGCCGUCACUACUGAGACAAGAAUACAGCAGCCCUAGCUCGUCGCUCUCCAAUCGUCCGAGUCACGACUCCUCAUUCUCCAUGUCACCCCUUCUCCAGCGCCCCCUAGAGGCACACCAUCACCUGGCCCGCACAGGGUCCACAAACUCUGCCGUCCCGGACCAUGACGACCGACGCAGCAGCGGCGAGGAGUACGGGCUUGCGUCACAGGUGAGCCCAGUGAGGGCGGGGGAGCGGAGUCUGUUCUUGGAUAUGGGGAUGAGUGGGAUGGUGCAGAGCAGGCAGGGGUAUGCGAGGGCGAAUUCGGAUCCGGGGAGUCCGCCUGGGGUGGAUGCAUUGGGGAUAUUCUUGGAAGGCGGUAAUGUUGAUUUGGAGAGAGGAGAGAGGAGGUGA